CCCUCUAAUCAUACAUGUAUUUAAACAUGUACUCUAAUAAGCUACAUCACUGCUUAUUUGACCAACUAUAUUAUAAGUCAUUUAAAAGAAUUAAGAGAAGAAUUCUUUUGGCCAACACCUUUGACACAUGCCCUGGUAAGCAACCCUGUUUAUUUUUAGUACAAUUUUGGAAAUGGUCAAUAAAUUGAGACUUAACUUUUUGUUAGACAAUAUUUUAGGCAUUUUCAUUGUAUAUUAUACACUCUAUUAUUGUGUUAUAUAUUUUGAGCAUAUUGAGCUUUCACUGUGUCAACUGCAGGUUAAGAAGGACCCCGCACUUAAGAGAGGUCUCAGACCUCUUCAAGAAAAGGAAAUUUAUGAGGUCUGCCGAGUUUGCACUGGAAGUAUUUCAGGAACUCGAUGGGCUAUUGGCCUGGGGUGGAAUCCACUUCCAUAAAGAGUACCCUUGGGAUCUGCUGAGCCAUCAGUGUAGCCCAUAUAUAUCCUAUUUAACUUUUCCUUCUCUUGGUGGUCUCAACCAGUCUUUCCUGUCCUUUUGCCAAGUGUGUUCUGCCCUCGCUCUUGUGUAUAGGGUGUGAGCACAACAACUGCCAAGAUGUCAGAGAAAAAGCUUACAUCCAGCCGCAGGUAUCACUUGAAGAGCCUGCUGCUCUCCAUUGCUGCUGGCUUGCUGGAGGCUGAGGCCAAGCAGCUUGUUGAGGAUAAGGAGACUUACUUAAAUGAGCAAUGCCAACAACAGGGCCUUCCAAGCUCUGUGCAGGAGUUGCAGGACCUGUGCAGGAAGCUCCAUCAGUGCAUUGAAAAAGUUGAUGAGGAGAGGUAUGACAUGGAGGCGAAGGUUGCAAAGACAAACAAAGAAAUUGAUGACUUGAAGAUUAAAGUUCAGGACCUGAAGGGCAAGUUUAAGAAGCCAGCUUUGAGGAAGGUGCGCAUGUCUGCUGAUCAGAUGCUUCAGGCUCUGCUCGGCUCCAAACACAAGGUGUCUCUGGACCUGAGAGCAAACCUGAAACAAGUGAAGAAGGAGGUCAAGGAGGAGUCUGCAGAACAAGUUGGUGACUGGCGUAAGAACAUUGAGGACAAGGCUGGUAUGGACGGCAGGAAGAAGAUGUUUGAGUCCGAGGCUUAAGAGGGAACAGUGAUUAUUAUCUGAUUCAGCUUAAAUUAUCUAUGGCAGUUGUUCUGUAAUCCCCUACACACUAUUGUUUCAAUAAAGGUGGUUUACCGGUCAA